GCGAGCUUGCGCGCUCACAGAAACCCACAUGCACGCGCGAGCUUCAUAAAGUGAGCUGCGGUCGGUUCAACACGGUUUCUGCGGCGGACUGAAGGAUGAACUUGACUCUUUUAUAACGGUCUUUAAAAACGGAGAGAAAACCGAUAUUAAGGCUCGUUACAUAUAAUUUUUUUGACUAGUUUAAAUAGCCGAUUGUCUACGUCACAUUUUUAGAACUGUUAAAUGUUCUUUAUGGAAUUAACUGUGGGAACGGAUUCCUUCCUGGAAUGUUUUGGCUCGCAAAAUGCGUCGUUUUGUGUAUAUUUUGUUAUUUAUUUUCGCUCCAGGUAACACGCUGUUGACCUUGGGGCAACACUGUGGAGGUAAAAUUGUUGGAGAGAGGAGCGGUUCAAUUCGGUACUCUUUACACCCAAACAGCCUUUUAUUUAACAGAAUUACCAGCAACAGCACAGAAAAACUGUUGAAUGUUACAUGCACUUGGAUUAUUGAUGCACAUGAAAAUCAGACUGUUUGGAUAGAUGUCAUUUCUGUUGGAAAAGGCGCUCGUAUUGGAAUUCAAUUUGGGAAUGGGAAUACACUGAUCUAUGAAAGAGAAGAACAAGCUUUAUUCUCUGGCACUGGGAGAACCAUCAUUGAAUGGAGCUUGAAAAGGACUGAUGAAACAUUUCCCACAUUACAUUUAAGAUGGAACACGUCAGAGGACAGUCAUACUCUCGCUUUGAUUCCUUACACCCACUCUGAUGCUGACCCAGUGUCUCCCUCUCCGAAUGGCUCAAACGAUGUAACCUACACCCCUGACAUUCCAGUAAGCAGCAAUGCAGCCCCCAAAACACACGCUCUCAGGGGUGAGAGUAUACAGCAGGGCGGAGGUGUGUCUGACCUGGACGAUAAGCGCAGACCUCUCUUUCCGCAGGAAGUCACCAACAAUGGACAGGAAACGACUGGAGCCUGGAUCUCUGACCUCGCAUUCGCUGGCACACAUUCUUAUUCAGAUACACACACCAGCUUUGCCCUUGACACACACAUGAACACGCACACAAUGUUGUCUGAUGAACCUUCUUUGGCUCAGUCUUCCACUGAAAUCAAAUCACCGCUGGUGUCUGUACAAACUACACCCAGACAGGCAACUGAAGUGGCAAAAACAAGUGCACUUUUAGCCACAAACGAUGUUGCACACACUGAACUGAACAGAGGAAGUUCAGAGCACAUGCAUACACAUGCAUUUACCAAAAUUCAGUCCACAACGACUGAAAGAGAUGAUCCAAAUUCCAUGCUUCCUACUUCCAGCUUUGUGACGGUAAGUCCACAUUAUAAUAAACGUAAAGACUUCCUUAGAAGCAAGGCUAAAGCAAUCACAGCGACAGUCCCAAAUAGGGAUGUGUUUGCAAUAUCAGAAUCCACUGGGACAAGUCAAUUUGAAUCAGUUUUUUGGAGUUCAAACACAAUCACGGAUGACAACCAACCUAUAUCAGAGAUGGACAGAACAGAUCGCUCUCCAAGAUCAACCAAUCCAGAUGAAAACAUUACUAAUCAAACAAUUUAUGAUGAUUCAGUACUCACUACUAGUACGCCUCCAACACUAUCAAAGAUUCCAGAUGUUACUCAGACCAACACAUUAGCAUUUUCUGAUAGUGACACGGCUGAUGAUUCCACAUUUCCAAAUGUUACCACUGAGAAUGAACCAACAACCUCAGCGUCAACCAUCCGCAUCUCACACACCAUCACAAGCACCCAAGAAACAAGCUCUGGAUCUUCGUCAAUCUCUUACCAGACGUCACACAGCCCUAACAAAAUCAGUCCCUUCACCACCUUCCCAACUACCAUCCCUCCACACUUGACCCCUACUGGGAGUCCUAGUAUCCCAGAAAGCGACAAGGAUCUGUCACCAUCUGAAAACGAUUGCUUUGGUAUUGCAUGCACUUCGUACUUACCAUCUACAGUACAAGGCAAACAAGAAAGUCCCAUCACCAGCCCGGGAUUAAUCUCUUCUUUGAGUCCUCAGAUUAGUGCUAAUGUGACUCCUGACCUCAUGGGUGAAGAUAGCACUACAGUGGGAUUUGAGAACCGCACUGAUUUAGAAGAACAUGAUGUGUCUCCAUCAAAGUCAAGCAUGCAUACUGAAUUUUCUGUAUACACAUCUACACCUCAGUAUUCAUCAAUAUCUUCUGAGAACACACAGAGCAAUGUGGGAGUUCCUGAUGUAACUGAUAUCAAUGAGAUGAGCAGUGGUCAAACAGUAGGUGGAAGUCAUUCCAGUCCUACUCUGACUAGUACAAGUACAAAGACGACUUUUGGCUUAUCUCCAUUUAAUGACAUUCAUACUGGAUCAACAGAAAACACUAAUGGCUUUACAGCCAAAACCAUUGCCACAUUGAGUACUUCAUUAUUGGAAAUCACAACUCCAUACAUCCCCCAGGUCAGUACGACUGUUAGUGUUGUUCCAACAAGCGCAUCUGUUAGUAUGACCACUCCACAAUGGGAAACCAGUCAGACCUCUGUGGUUCACCCAUCUUCAGUGACUACCCCACAGAUGAAUCCACACGCCACGUCCACAGAAACAACUUCAGUCCAGGUCCGUAGGCACUUUCCAGUGCCUCAACCCAGCACUGGCAGACCUUCCCAACAUAUGACCACAAGCUCAUAUCUUACUCAAACCAAAGCACACAUUGUAUCUACACAAGCAAUGACUCAAACAUCCUGGAUUCGUUCUACCGCAGCCAGCUUUGACAAGAAGUGGGCACAUGGACACCAUUAUUUUAUCGUGAAGGACCAGCCAGCAAUUAUCAAGGAGAAAACAUUCCAAGUACUUUUACAAAUUGUCCUGGAAAGAGAUUAUACCCCUAGUAUGAGGUUGCAUGAGGUGGAGACAUUUCUGCAGAGCCUUUCUGGAUUUCACAAUCAACAUGUGACCUGGCACAGUGGUCCAGUUCUGCAAACAGUAGUUCAAUUCCAAACAGUGGAAGCGCUUUCCUGGCUGGGAAGGGUGGAGUCUCUGUUACAGGAGGCGGGGUUAAACCCACUGCCAAAGAAAGGAAUAUUUGUGGGUGGAGUUAGAGUGAAGAAUAUUACUGUGGGAGGUUUGCAGACAGAUGUUUGUGAAUGGUUGUUUGAAUGUCCCUCUGGGUUUCAGUGUGUUUCUUUGAAGGGCAAUACCUCCUGUACAUCUGUGUGCCACUCUGAAUACUGCAAACAUCAGGGCAUCUGUGUCCAUCGCCUCGGGCAACAGCCUGUCUGCCAGUGUCCUGUUGGAGAGGAUUAUUGGUUUAUGGGUCAGCGCUGUGACCUCCGCAUGACCCGGCCGCGCUUGGUGGGCGUGUGCUUUGGCGUACUGCUCGCUGUCGCAGCAGUCAUGGCUCUUCUGUCUUAUCUCACUGUGCGCCGUUUUAAAACCAUGCUAAUGCAAGCCAAAGUGGAACAAACACGCAGCAGUUAUCGCAGAUUUAAUCACUUUGAUGAGCUUUCGGCUCGUUUUUGGGGAAGGUCCUGGCCAGGCUCUGAGGACUCGUUGGAUAACCCCGCCUUCACCCGCUCGGAUGAAUUACUACACAUGAGAGCGCUUGACCGUACCUGCUGUUACCAUGACGACACUCUUUCUGUGGUAUCCACAUACCAUGGUAGUGGAACACAUCUCAACACUGUAUAUCCUCACGGCUCUCAGUAUGGUUGGGAUCUCAGCAACUGCAGCUUGGCGGAUGGUGUGGUGGAUUCUGGGAAGGCUAGUGACCUGUCAGUCUGUAGCUGGCCAAUCGAGCCGAUUCAAUGGACGCCAUUCCCUUUGCUGCAGCAGCUCAACAGGAAUACCACUACGGUGAAAGUAUCUCGUCCUCGCUCUUACUGUGAAGGCAUGGAACUUGUAGAUUUAGAGAAGAGCUGGACAGCGUAAUGGAGACUCUCAGAAAACCUGACAAGCUCCGGCCAAGUGUGAGAAUAUUGACUUUGUUUAAGCAACACCAUUGCUGUGUCAAAGUAAUAUAGAGCCAACUUAAUAAAAUCUAUUUUAACUGAAAAAAAGAGACUUAUUUGGGAUAU